GCUAAGGCCACAUUAAACGCGACUCCAGAAAUAUGCAUUCACUGUUGUACAUGCUUCAACCUCCUUCUACCUACAUAUUUACCUUCAUACAUACAUAGCCAAGUGUGAAGGUACUAAUACUUGGCUGUAUGUACAUAAAGCACCCGAAGCCUGAAAAUUAUACAUUCCAGAAUCCAUAGGUAGCGGGCAAUUAUGGCCCUAUCAAGGUCAGCAAGUGGCCCGGGCGGUCUUUCCAUCAAUACUUCGUCGGCGAACUUGUUUGGAUCUAGUAGCAGUCAACCUCCCGCUCCUGGAGGCCUAUUUGGCUCUGCUUCCAAUUCUCAGCCUGCUGCCGGUUCGAGCCUCUUCGGAAACACAUCCACAACCCCUAAGCCGUCUGGACUAUUCGGAAACGCCCCCUCUACGUCGUCUACGGCCGCCGCUUCACAGCUACAGCCACAGCCACAGCCACAGCAGUCCGGUGGUCUAUUCGGGUCAUCUUCCACCGCAACAUCGCAGCCGCAACAAACGACCUCUAGCUUAUUCGGAGGAGCUACCUCUACAACGCAACCACAACAAGCAGGUGGGCUCUUCGGAAACGCACAACCCACCCAAACUCAGACCCACACGCAACCCCAAGCACAGGCUCAGACUCAGAACACCGGCGGGUUAUUCGGCGGUAGCAUGGCUGGUCAGACGACUUCCGCGGGUGCUGGUGCGCCAGGAGGCUUGUUCGGUAACUCCCUAAAGCCCGCCCAAUCUCAGCCAGCCGCUCUAGGACAGGCUCAGCCACAGCAGCAGCCCGGUAUAGGUUUGGGCGCCUCGCUCGGCUUCGGCCUGACCAUGGGCCAGUCGACCCAACAGAACGUCCCCGGCGUACGUAUCGACGUUAGCAAUCUAAAAGGCACCACGCGCUUCAACGAUCUCCAGGAGGACUUGCAAAAGAACAUCGAGCUCGUCGAUAUGUUCAUCCAGCAGCAAAUGCGACACAAGGAGCAAGUGGAUUCCUUCAUGCCAGGCCACAAGGAGAUGCUCGAGAGUAUUCCCAACGACGUCAACUUUGUUGCCAAGAAAUAUGAAAGUGCGCAUAAUGCGUUGGCGUCGGCGGCUCAGUCCAUCGAAGCGGCCCGUGGUUUGGUCGGGCAGGAUGUUGACCAUGCACGACUCAGCUUCAGGGCGAUUGACAAUUUGAAAUUGCCUGAACAAUAUCACACGGCCGGAAUAUGGUCUCCCAGGCAGCAGCCCGCAGGCACGGCCAACACGGAAGCUGAUGGACAGGACCUCGUCGGUUUCUUCUCAAGGGCAGCAGAUGAGAUGGAGGAUCAAGUGAGGAGAUACGAGAAGAAUAUGACGGAGAUCGAAAUGCACAUGCACGGCGUUUCUGACAGUCUGGUUGAACAGUUGCAGAAGAUGAUGGCAAACAAGAAUGGCGCAUCAACCGGUCCCAAUGAGAAAGCCCAGGAGCUUAGCGCCGUGCUUAGGGAGCUGCAGCAGGGCAUCCUCAAGGUAGCCAGCGACGUUGCCGGCGCCAGAGAGGGUAUGACCCAACUCCAGUUGGGCAAUUUCAUCAGCAAUGAUCGCGAUCGGAAUGGUGUAUACUAAAAGGGUAGUGUAUUAAAAAGUUGGCCACGAGGCUCGGUGCUUGGUAGUUUUUAGAUACCCAAAUAAGAAAUAGGGUCUGAGCCCGACAUGUAAGACACGGGAGGUCCUUGUAGGGAAUUUAGAUGUGUGGUAUUUCAAGGAAUAUUUCCUUCGACAUAUACCUUUAUGGAUACGGUCCGGAGCUUUCUAUUAGGAUGGAGUGCUCGGUCGAGUGAUAGGAAGAAGGUGUGGUUCCGAAAAGGUCAGGACGAAUUCUAUGAUUUCUUCCUGCAACAGGGAGACGCAUAUGGGUAUACUUGGGUAACGUAUUAUGAUGACGGCAAUGGGCGUUCGUUCCCGGGGCCCAAGGGAUCAAGUCGUGAAGCUGAGAUAAAAAGA